AUGAAGGCCUUCUUGUUAGCAAUCGUAUUGCUUUCAUAUGCUAUAAGCAUUUUUGCUGUAUCACCUGUACGGCCGGGCUCAGCAUCGUCGGCUCGUUUGCCACGAACUAGUGCAAGUCAAUAUCCAAAAAAUAUUACAUCAAGGAGCACAACAACGAAGCCAGCUUUUCGAACGAGAGAACAGCAAUUGCUGUCGAUAUUCGAAGCUGUAAUUUCAACACUCGAGGGAAAAUUACAGCGAAUCGAUAAUCUGGAUAAAGCUGUUGAGCAUAUGAUGCGACGUGUCGAGUCAUUGGACCAUAAAGUGGCCGACAAUAUACUCAAAACAGAUGCCAUUAUAACGAGAUUAGGUGAUUUAAAUACACGACUCACAGAUGAUGAUCCAUUAAUGAGAGAUAAAGUUGCCUCAAAAGCAUCGUCAGCGGUGCUAAAUAAUCGCUUGUUGUCAUUAGAUCAGAAAGUGUCUGACAUUGACACAAAAAUAGGUAAAUUAAAGACACAAAUUGACAACAAUUUCUUGUCAGUUGACGAUAUUAAUGCUGAGGCGAGCGAGAAGAAGCCAAUUCAUAUGAAUGUGGCUGACAUAACUAGAGCAAUGAAUAGUGAAGUUAUGAGCCAUGUAACCAAGGAUCUAGAUAUAUUGAGAAAAACAACUGAGGCUAUUGACAAAAAGCUACAAUUUCAUGUAAAUUUAGUAUCACAAAAUGUUGGAAAGAUGCUCAAUCUAGUUCAAGAUGUGCACGAGGCAAUUGUUGUUGAGCAAAAUGUCAACGAAUAUAAUAAAACGAGCACAAUCCCGCCAUACCUAAAGUCAAGCAAGCUCGAUUCAUUAGUCCAUCAAGUUAAACCAAUUCUGUCAGUGUCGGAAAAAAUGGAUGAAGUGUGGAAUGUUGUCGUUGGAACAAAAAGCUCCGUCGAUGAUUUAUUGCCAAAAUCUGACAAAUUGCUAACACAAACACAACGACAAGAGCGAGCUAUUGGUCAAAUACAUCAAGAUCUUCGCACAAAGACUAAUUUAAUCAUUGAAAAUCUCGAUAUGGUUGAAAAGAGACUUAAAAAGCAAGAGGAUGAUGUAACGAUUCUCUCACAACGUCCAGUUCCAGCUGAUUUGUUAAUUGACCCGACUAUCGAUAGACUUGUUGAAUACAAUCCAAAUAGAUAUUCGGUCGUUCAAGAGCCAACUGAGAGUCUUCCAACAACAACAACGACUAUUCCACCAACAACGCAAUCAUCAUCAACGAAUACGCAAGCAACAACUAAUUCAGUGCAAUCAAGUAGCAUAAAUAAUUUCAUUAAUUCAACAUCAACGAAUGUACCGAAAAAUACCGGUCCACGAAAAGGUGGAAUCAUCUUUCCAAGCGUUAAAAAUAAGCCAUCAAAACUUAAUACAACCUUCACUACUGAUGCUCUCAGUUUUAAAGACGUUAAAGGAUUUUCAUGUACGGAAUUGAUGAAUGCAGGCAUGCGACAAUCAGGUGUCUAUUAUCUUCAGAUCCGUGGUACAACCUAUUGGUUUUUGAAAGUCUUUUGUGAACAAGAAAUUGCAGAUGGUGGAUGGACGGUAAUUCAACGUCGUGAUGAUUUUGGCGAGCCACGAGAAAAUUUCAAUCGCGAUUGGGCUGACUACAAAAAUGGAUUUGGAGAUCCAGCAAAGGAGUUUUGGAUGGGAAAUGAAAACAUUUAUAUGCUUACGAAUAACGAGGAUUAUGCAUUGCGCAUUGAACUAGAAGACUUUGAGGGCAACAAAAGAUACGCUCAAUAUGCACACUUUAAAAUCCACUCAGAAGCAGAUUAUUACAAGCUUGAGAUUGAUGGAUAUGAAGGAAAUGCUGGUGAUUCACUAAAUGAUCCAUGGUAUGGCUCAAACAACAGUCCAUUCUCAACAUACAACAGAGAUAAUGACAGAAGUUCACUAAAUUGCGCCAGUAUGCUCAAGGGUGGCUGGUGGUGGAAGAGUUGUGGACGAGGUCUUAAUGGUCUUUACCUUCAUGAUCCACAAGACAUAACAGCUCGACAAGGUAUCGUCUGGUUCCGAUGGAGAGGAUGGGACUAUACGCUUAAAAAAGCAACAAUGAUGAUUAAGCCAUUUGCGAAGCCACUCAACACAGUAACAAAUACAAAUUCUUAG